AGAUCAAAGUACAGAUCUGGGUGCAAACUACAAUCAGCCUCUGUCAUGUACCAGUAUUAUAAAAGAAAGGAAACACACAACUUGAAUAGAACAUCCUCUCCUUUGGUAUGAGAAACUUUGCACUGCACCUAAGACAUUGUCAGAAGAAGAUUACCAAGACACAAGCCCUCAACUUCUCCGCCUUUGCGUGCCCUGUUUUUCAGUCACAAGACCCAUGUCUUCCAAUCCAAAACCUCCAAAGCAGAAGGCGGGCAUUGGUCAACCUCUUACAACUACGCUUUUCAGACCAACCCAUUUGGUACGACAAGAGAAUGCAUGCCCAGGUUGUCGUAUCGGGCUUUCAAGAUGAUGUUUUUCUUGCUAAUCUUCUAUUGCACUCUUACACAAAAUCUGACUCUAUUGUUUACGCGCGGAAACUGUUUGAUAAAAUGCCGGAAAAGAACUCAGUUACUUGGUCCUCUAUGGUUUCUAUGUAUACCAAGCAUGGUAAUGACGAAGAAGCAUUGGUGAUGUUUUCAGAGUUCUGCCGGAAUUCCGAUGGGAAGCCGAAUGAGUAUACUUUAGCUAGUGUUAUUCGGGCUUGUACGCGAUUGGGAGGGGUUGAUCAAGGUGCUCAAGUGCAUAGUUUUGUUGUGAAGACUGGUUUUGAUCAGGAAGUUUAUGUGGGUACUUCUUUAGUCGAUUUUUACUCAAAAAAUGGUGAUAUAGAAGAAGCAAAACUAAUUUUUGAUGGUUUAAAAGUUAAAAGUGCAGUUACUUGGACUAUCAUGAUAGCAGGGUAUGCAAGAUGUGGAAGAAGUGAAGUGUCUUUGAAACUGUUCAACCAAAUGAGAGACACUGACGUUCUUCCUGAUAAAUAUGUGAUUUCUAGUCUUCUGAUUGCAUGUUCUGCGCUCAAGUUCAUUGGAGGUGGCAAGCAAAUCCAUGCUUAUGUGCUUAGAAGGGGAACAGUAAUGGAUGUUUCAGUGGUUAAUGUACUCGUAGAUUUCUACACAAAGUGCGGUGAAGUGCAGGCAGGACGGAAACUAUUCAAUACAAUAGUAGUCAAGGACCUCAUUUCAUGGACCACAAUGAUAGCUGGGUAUAUGCAAAACUCAUUUAACCGGGAGGCCGUUAAGCUAUUUUCUGAAAUGGCCAGAUUGGGUUGGAAGCUAGAUGGAUUUGGGUGCAGUAGUAUUCUUACUUCGUGUGCUUCACUUGAGGCCCUUAAUCAUGGGAGAGAAGUGCACGCUUAUGCUAUCAGAGUUAAUCUUGUUUAUGAAGAUUAUGUGAAGAAUAGUUUGAUUGAUAUGUAUGCAAAAUGUGAUUCCCUUACUAAUGCAAGAAGAGUUUUUGAUUCAAUGGCUGAUCAUAAUGUGGUCUCUUACAAUGCAAUGAUUGAAGGAUACUCAAGACAGGAUGAGAUGUCUGAAGCGCUGGAUCUUUUCAAUGAGAUGAGGAUUAGAUUGCUCCACCCGAGUCUCUUGACAUUCGUUAGCCUUCUUGGUGUCUCAGCUGCUUUAUUUACAUUGGAAUUGAGCAAGCAAAUCCAUGGUCUGGUCACCAAAUAUGGGUACUGUUUGGACGUAUUUGCUGGCAGUGCUCUCAUAGAUGUUUAUUCUAAGUGCUCAUGUAUUAGUGAUGCCAGACUUGUAUUCGAGGAGAUGAAUGAGAAAGACAUUGUAGUGUGGAAUGCGAUGUUCUGCGGAUACACCCAACAGCUGGAAAGUGAAGAGGCUCUCAAGUUAUACUUGGAAUUACAGUUAUCAAGACAAAAACCCAAUGAAUUUACUUUUGCUGCCCUAGUCUCAGCUGCCAGUAACCUAGCAAGUAUCCAGCAUGGUCAACAGUUCCAUAACCAGCUCAUUAAGAUGGGUCUUGACAGUGAUCCAUUUGUCACAAAUGCCCUUGUGGAUAUGUAUUCCAAGUGUGGAAGCAUUGAAGAGGCUUGCAAAAUAUUUGAUUCCAAAAUUUGGAGUGAUGUUGCCUGUUGGAAUUCCAUAAUCUCAACAUAUGCCCAACAUGGAGAAGCAGAACAAGCCCUUAUUAUGUUUGAUAGAAUGAUGAAGGAGCAAAUAAAACCCAACUUUAUCACAUUUGUGGGUGUGCUAUCAGCUUGUAGCCAUGCAGGCCUUGUGGAAGAUGGACUUCGCCACUUUGAAUCAAUGCCUCAGUUUGGAAUCGAACCAGGGACAGAGCAUUAUGCUUGCAUAGUUUCUCUCCUGGGUCGUGCUGGUAAAUUAUUUGAAGCUAAGGAAUUUAUUAUGAAAAUGCCGAUAAAACCAGAAGCGAUUGUAUGGAGGAGCUUGCUCAGUGCAUGCACAGCUGCAGGCAACAUUGAAUUGGGGAGGUAUGCAGCAGAGAUGGCAAUUUUGAGUGAUCCAGUAGAUAGUGGAUCAUAUAUCUUACUUUCAAAUAUUUAUGCAUCCAAAGGUUUGUGGGCUGAUGUCAAGAGGGUGAGGGAAAAAAUGGAAUACAAUGGGGUGGUGAAAGAAACUGGGUGUAGUUGGGUUGAAGCGAAUAACGAAGUUCAUACAUUUGCUGCGAAAGAUAGAACGCAUCGCGAGACCGGUCUUAUACUUUCAAUUCUAGACAGUUUGAUUCUACAGAUGAAAGGGCUUGGUUAUGUGCCUGACACUAUGACACUUCUGAUAAAUGAUUGAGGAGAAGCAUGGUGGGAUAAUGCUAAGUGAAGCCAACAUUAUGAGCCCCUGAUGAAACCAGGAAAUGAAAAUUUGCAGUGUGCAUCUUGUUUGAGUGAAGGUUUGAGCUUGAUAAGAGCUAAAUCUUGGGCUUCUUCUAAUUUGGGUGUUUUAGCUGGUGCAUAUGAACUGGUUUGUAGCCACUUCUUCUUGGCUUUUAACUGCAAAGGAUUUGCCUUUGCCAUCUCAGCUUAAGUGCUGUGAUAGUGAUGGUGGAUUUUCUCUUGAGUUUGAAGUACAAGUCCCAUUUAAGAAGCUGGUAAAGACAUUAUCACGGGACAGAUAAUCCUAAGAAUUUUUUUAUUCUUUUUAUUGAAAUGGGAGAGGAGAUUUGAACUUGAGACAUUUUUCAACAAACUAGAGAGAAAUACCGCGAAAUUUGGAUCGAGAUGACAUGUACGUGUAAACAGAAAAUCAAUUCCAAAUGUACAUAUGCAUGAAUGUUGUGAAAGCAAGCUAAUGCAUGUCUUCAUUCUUAUACAACAUGAGAAUGAAGAAAUAUUACAGGAAAAUUGAUUGAAAAAUGCAAUCUUCCAAACCCUCACCAUUUUAAGGUUGCUA